UGCAUUGAUGGCUGUGAUGUGAAUCCGAUGUCUUAUUCUAGCAGCUACGAAAUCGGCGGUCCCGCUGGACGCCUGGAAGAAAAUUCCUGAUAUAGAGUAGUUGUAUCAUCCAGAAGAUACAUCGUCAACCACCGCUGAUGCCUUGGGUCGCCGGACAGACCUCGCUGCGGGCGCAACAAACAGCCGAGCGGUGAGUAGGCCUAGCUGUGGCCGCCCGCUCGGCAGCGUCACGAUGCAGGCGGCAGCCUCCAGCGAGGCGAGCAGCGAUACCGACGAAAUCGCGAGGCUCUUUCCUAAAUGUCGCAGCCGACCUGACGACGACGACAGCCUUAAUAACAACAACAGCAGCAGUAACGGCGGCCCGGCCCCCAUGGAGGAUAGCUCCGUGGUGAGUGCUUACGAGGCCGCAUCGCGCAUCGAGAUCGCUGGCGGCCGAGAGAUUUUCAGCAAGUCUCGGUCGCGUUGCAAGCGGCCUCCACGUCGAGACCUACUCGACUGGGACGGCAGUGAGCCCUUGGUAUAUGAAGCAGCCACCGAAUGCGAGGCCGCUUCCUCGGAAGUAGUGUACGAUGACAUCGAUGCUGCGGCUACGCCCGCGGCGGCUCGGCUCCUCGGCAGUUUGCCCAUAGCCCAGUAUGAAGGCUCGCCCCGGCGCUACGGGCCGAGGCCGGGGUUCCCACAGCGGGUACCCGAAUGUAAGGACUUCUCCGAUCUGGAGUACCGGCUGUACGAGCGUGUAUCCGGCAGCGCGUACGUCGGGCAGCGGUUAGCGGGCGGCACACCCAGUCCGAGCCUCGAUGACGGUGGCGGAAGCGUAGCUGGGACAGAAACCGGCGAGCCCAUGGACUUGGCAGGAAGGCAGCUAUCCGCGCUUUCUGCAGAUACCACAGACUGCGAAUCUGCUGCGAGCGAAGCCCUCUCUUUAGCGGGAUCCCUUAUGGGAGAUUCCGGGGCUCUACCUGCUAUGCCUGUCCUCGAAGAUGGUCUCUCGAGCGGUCGCUGUUCGGACGCAGAAGACGGCUCUCCAGCAGUUGUAGCACAUGCUAUACGCGAGAUCAAGCAAGCGAUCCAACACAGCAAGAGACUGACACUGAAGAACCCACCCGCUGGAGGAGACGCUGGUCGUCGAGAUCCUGUGUGGGUGCCACGGGACGAGGAAGAGAGCGCACUGCCGCCACCACCGCCGUCGGGAAUUAACGACGAGGAUUGCGACACAGAUCAAGAAACCGACCGUCUGCUUGGAGCCCAGCGUGCAGACGACAGAGGCUUCUUUGAUGAGAAGCAACAAGGAUCGGGUGCGCCUGCGGGGACGGCGGGGAGUCGCAAAAAGAACAACACUACCUCCAAGGAAGCUCUUGUGCACGAACCGGCAGUGCUGAUAGAAGGGGUGCUGUUUCGGGCUCGGUACCUGGGCUCGACCCAGCUGGUGUGCGAGGGCCAGCCUACGAAAGCCACACGCAUGAUUCAGGCGGAAGAAGCUGUCUCCCGCAUCAAGGCCCCUGAGGGGGAGGUGCAGCCAAGCACGGAGGUGGACCUGUUCAUCUCGACAGAAAAGAUCAUGGUGCUCAACACGGACCUGAAGGAGAUCAUGAUGGACCAUGCGCUGCGCAGCAUCUCGUACAUUGCGGACAUCGGGGACCUUGUGGUGCUGAUGGCUCGCCGCAGGAACAUGGAGGAAGAUGGGGGCAAGCUGCGGCGCACGCCCAAGAUGAUCUGCCACGUGUUUGAGUCGGACGAGGCCCAGUUCAUAGCGCAGUCGAUUGGGCAGGCCUUCCAGGUGGCCUACCUGGAGUUCCUCAAAGCCAAUGGCAUCGAGGACUCGUCCUUUGUGCGCGAGAUGGACUACCAGGAGGUGCUCAACUCGCAGGAGAUCUUUGGGGACGAGCUGGAAAUGUUUGCCAAGAAGGAACGUCAGAAGGAGGUGGUCGUUCCCAAGCAGAAAGGCGAGAUCUUGGGACUGGUGAUCGUGGAAAGCGGCUGGGGAUCCAUGCUCCCCACUGUCGUGGUUGCCAACCUGGCCGGCGCCGGUCCAGCCGCACGCUGCUCCCAGCUCAACAUUGGUGACCAGAUCAUCGCCAUCAACGGAGUCAGCCUAGUGGGACUACCGCUCGCGACGUGCCAGGCAUAUGUCAAGAACACCAAACACCAGAGCGUGGUGAAGCUCACCGUGGUGCCCUGUGCCCCCGUGGUGGAGGUGAAGAUCAAACGGCCCGACACCAAGUACCAGUUGGGCUUCAGCGUGCAGAACGGAGUGAUAUGUAGUCUUCUGCGUGGAGGCAUUGCGGAGCGCGGAGGAGUGCGGGUUGGGCACCGUAUCAUAGAGAUUAACGGACAAAGUGUGGUGGCUGUGCCGCACGAAAAGAUUGUUGGGCUUCUGGCUACUUCUGUCGGAGAGAUCCACAUGAAGACGAUGCCCACAUCAAUGUUCCGGUUGUUGACGGGGCAGGAGACGCCUCUCUACAUCUGAUCGCUCACUCUAACCAUCGCCGACCAGUCCGGAAAUCUCGUCGUCAUCUCCGCCGCAGGCCUUCCAGAACUGCACGGCCACCUGCAAAGGGACCCGGCCACAAAAGCCGGUGUUUUUUGCGCCCUCUAUGCAAAGGUGUGCAAAGGAGGAUCUGCUAUUCCAACAAAAUAAAGCGAGUCCUUAGGCGGGGGCGCUUCCUUUCACCCUCAGAAGGUGCACUUCGGAGCUGUCGGCUUCGCGCCUAACGCUGCAUGCGGCUUACUUUUAAAGCAAGGGGCACCGUGCAAGGCUGACCUGGACCAUCUCAGAAGGGACCCAUCGUAGAAAGUAAUAUAGAAAUGUUUAUGCUGUACUCGCGGACUACUAGUCUGCGAGUACAGUGUGACUACCUCACGUCAAGAUGUAUAUAUUGUAUGCUACUUUGAUUUUUGUUGUAAAUAGAAUCUUUGUUUUGUUA